AUGGCAUACGAUGAUAUCUGCGUUCUCAGGCAUAUUCUGGUCAUCACAGCAACCGUUCCAGGGAAUUGGCAGGAACCAUGGAAGCAAACUGCUUUUCGGGCGUACGCGUAUAUUUUAGAUGUCCUAUAUCUCUUUUGCAUGAUCACGAAGGUUUCGUACACCAUACGUGUCACAGACAUGAAACAAGAUUACCUUGAUGACUUCUUUGACUGCUUGAUAAUUGUUUCGCUUGUUCUAGAACGAAUGAUGAUCCGCCGUAAAUCUAAAGAGCUAAUACAGUUUUUCCAAAAGAUGGAUGAGUUCCCAAAACCUGGUCCUCACGUAAAAAAUCUGAUCAAGAUCUACAAAAAACAGGCUCGUCAUGUUUUGAUGAUUUUCGGAGUUCUUAUCGUCUCAUGUUUACUGGAGGCAGUCAUGAAUUUCCUGGUGAACUAUUGUGAUUCCAAUGUAGUCAAAGAUGAGGAAAGAAUUUGCAAGUUAUUUGUAAUGGAGACCGAUCUGCCUUCAGCACUGGUGAGGAGUCCUUUGUAUGGUCUACUGUUUAUCUGUAAUCUGAUCCAACUCACAUUGAUGGGAUUUUUGGGUUUCCUUUCCUUCAUCAUGAUCCCCGUACUGGUAAUCAAGCUCUCUUGUCAGUUCAGGAUCACAGCGGAUUCAUUCGAGAAACGGCUUAAAGUUGGUGUCUACAAGACCCGGUCUGUCGAAAGUUCGAUAAAUGGAGAAGAAGAUUUGGAGAGUGUGAUCAAACAGCAUCAGUAUACCCUUGAAGUUGCAACUAUGAUGACAAAGACCUUCCACACCAUCAUUCUGUUGAAGCUGGUGUUCUUGGUUUUGCCCAUAAUCGUCGUGGCUUACUGUUUGUCUCAGUUUCCUAUUGGAAGUUUUGACUUUCUCCGGUUCACAGCUCUGUUCUUAGUUCUUCUUAUCAAGCUUGCUACUUUCUGCUUCUUUGGAGAACAGCUCGCUGAUCAUAGCCUGAUGGUGUACAGAGCAGUGUACAUGAACCAAUGGUACCGCAUGGACAAGGAAGACAAGAAAAUGCUUCUGAUCGUUGCCACUCGGGCUAUACGCCCUGCCAGACUGGAGGUGUGGCCGCACUUCGUCCCAGUAUCCUUCGAAACUUUCGUCAAUGUUUGCCAGUUUUCCUACUCUGUCUACUCGGUUCUCAUGAUGGUAUCAAGCAAAUAA